AUUUGCGAUUUCUCUUCUGUUGCGUACCUACCCAUACAUAAUAAUAUAGUGUCUUACUACAAGGACUUUCAAAGUCCUUGGUGUAUUAAGUUAUAACUAGUGUGUAGUAAGUUACUAACUAUAAAGUUUUCCCUGGUUUUUCCCGUGUUCGUGUUUUAAACAGACCACCACCACAAGAUGGUGAACUGGCCGGCGGUGGGCGCCGUGCUGCUGCCCAACCUCGGCGGCCUGGCCAACGGAAUCUACUUCGCGGGACAGGUGCGCGUGGGCGGCGGCCUGCAGGCGUGGUACGACGCGCUGGACAAGCCUCGCUGGACGCCGCCGCGCCGCGCCUACGCGCCCGUGUGGACCGCGCUGUACUGCGCCAUGGGCUGCUCCUCCUACCUGGUAGUGAAGGAGUGCGGCGGACUCACAGGAAGGGCAGCGCUCCCGCUGGCGCUGUACGGCGCGCAGCUGCUGCUCAACUGGGCCUGGACGCCCAUCUUCUUCGGCAAGAGGGACUUCAAGCUGGCCAUGAUCGACAUCAGCCUGCUCCUGGCGACGUCCACUGCCACGACGGUCGCGUUCUGGCGCGUGUCGCCGGCGGCGGGGGCGCUGCUGCUGCCGUACCUGGCCUGGCUCGCCGGCGCCGCCGCGCUCACACACCACGUGUGGAGACACAACCCGCCCGGCGGCAAGCGGGACUGAGGCUCCGGAUUAGACUACCGCAGCAGAUGGAAGCCUACUUAUAAUAAUAUUAUAAUUAAUAAGUAUUAGGUAUUUCCGAUGUUACGAAAUGAAUAUUUAAUUAACAAACCAAAGCACAAUAAAAUUAAUCAUGUUAAUUAAUUUUAUAUACCUACACUCUCUUAUCUAUUUUGCAUUGCAAUAGCUGAAUGUUGUGAAUCUGUUGACAGUUUAACUGUGCACUAUUCCAUUACUUAGGCACAUUUAAGCAUAAAAAUUCUUAUUUACUUAUAAAUAUAGCUGGAUUACCACUGACUGACUGACUACUUUUUUUUUUGGGCUGGCAGCCCGAAUUACUCUUGUGUGGCCAUGGCCAUGUACUCGCUAGACCAUGCCCAUGUAUUAAGAAAAGUUGGGCCCCGAAUAAAAUUCUACUCUUUCUUGCCAGGCUGUACCAUAGGUCCCUACCCUACCCUACCUACCUGUAAUGGAAUGUUAAGUGCACAUGAGCACCGCAUCCUUGUACGGGGCUGUGAGUCCAUGAGUUGCAUUUUACAUUAAAUAAUAGGUAGUUAGGUAAGUAUACUGAAUAAUUGGGAAUAAUAAUUAUGUCGAAUUUA